AUCCAGCCUCGUCGUUAGUUUCGGUAGUUGCGGCAUGAGUUUCGGCGUAAUGCUGGCUAGUUGACCGCUUCUGCUGCUGUGUCAGCGGCGUUGAAAUUCCGAAGUACUUGCCGCCGUCCCCUUUUGCAGAGCUCGUCCAACGUACGAUUUUGUGUCCGUGUUGUGUGCUCUUCGCUGGGAUCCUUUAUGAUUUGCCGGCACAGCUGUUGCGAUACUGGGCACUCACUGCUGCUCAUGCACAGGCCAGCGCUUUCUUUUCAGGUGAAAUCUCCUGGAAUGAUACCGCUGCCAUGUACUAACUUGACAUUGAUUUAAAAACCUCGAUGGGAAAACGUUGUGAUUUGGUUGUGGACGUUGUAUCGCCGCUACCGUCAGGACGCUGAAGUUGAAUUUGCCUUUUCUACCCACGUCAUCAUGGUGGCAAAAAAUCAAGAUUCUGUGGAGUGGUUGCUGCUCUUGGCCUGCGCCGUGCAUCUCGUCGUUUGUCCUUUCACAAAAGUCGAGGAGAGCUUCAACCUGCAAGCUAUACACGACAUAAUUUACCACAGAACGAAUAUCUCAAAUUACGACCACCUGGAAUUUCCCGGUGUUGUUCCAAGAUCGUUUAUGGGACCCCUGAUGGUUGCCCUGUUUGCCGGUCCAUGGGUUGCUGUGAGCACUUUUAUGGGCUUGGAAAAAAUAGUUGCGCAGUUCAUUGUCAGGGCUGUCCUAGGGACAAUGGUGGCAUGUGCAUACCGUGAGUUCAGCAGAGCUCUCCAGAAAGAAUUUGGCUUUGCGAUGACCAACUGGCUCACCCUGCUGACGGUUUCGCAGUUCCACUUCGUCUUCUACAUGUCACGUCCGCUUCCCAACACCUUUGCUUUGAUUUUCGUGUUUCUCGCAUAUAGCUCCUGGCUAGAACAACGCCAUUUUCUGCUGAUGGUCACAAGUGGAGUGGCAGUCCUAGUUUUUCGAGCUGAGCUAGCGUCUCUUCUUGGCAUCAUCAUUCUCAUGGAGAUAUUCCUUGGUCGUCUGAGCAUCUUCAACGUUUUCAAGUGGGGAAUCCCAAUCGCCCUAGCGUUGCUCGGAACAACCAUUGCUGUUGACUCCUUUUUCUGGCAACGCUGGCUGUGGCCAGAAGGGGAAGUGCUCUGGUUCAAUGUGGUGCUGAACAAAAGCUCCGAAUGGGGUACUUUGCCGUGGUCGUGGUACCUGUAUUCAGCCAUUCCACGAGCGCUUGGCAGCUCUCUGCUCUUGAUCCCCAUCGGUGUGUGGGUGGACCGGCGCGUGAAGAUGCUGCUGCUGCCUGCAGUGGCGUACGUGCUGCUGUACUCGCUGCUGCCCCACAAGGAGCUGCGUUUCAUCAUCUACACCCUGCCCCUCCUCAAUGUGGCUGCUGCUAGGGCAUGCUUACACUUCUGGAACAACAGGCUCAAGUCCUCGUGGCAUGUCGCCUGCACCCUGGGCAUCUGCUUUCAUCUAGUUGCAAACAUUUUUGCCACUGGCCUCCUGCUUUACGUCUCCAGCCAUAACUACCCUGGGGGCUACGCACUUAAAAAGCUGCACGAAAUUGAGGCAGGAUUGCCAGUUGCAAAUAUCCACAUCGACGUGUUUGCUGCUCAGACUGGGGUCUCCAGAUUCGGAGAGCUGAAUCCUCACUGGAGAUACAACAAAACAGAAAACCUUGCUCCUGGUGGUCUGGAGAUGCAGAGCUUCACGCACCUCAUAAUGGAGGGCAAGUCGAUUCACAGUAGCUCUGUGGUGCCUUACCGGGACACCCACGAGCUGCUGGCCACAGUGGAAGGCUAUAGCCACGUGCGGCUCAACUACGCUGCCUUGCCGCUUGUGCACGUGCGGACUCGACCUCGAGUGCUCAUUCUCAGGCGCAAGGUGACACCCACGCAAGUCAUCCUCAACCUCCAGCGCAAGCAGUCGGCGCAAGUGUGAUGGUGAAAGUGUUGUUGUUGUUCUCGACAUACGCGUCAGGUCCAUGCUGACCAUUUUGGUUUGCUUAGUGCAAAGGUUGCGGAGAUCUAGAAAUGGAGGAAGUGGUGUUAGGAAUGGGGCAAUAAUCAGCAUACUGUAUUGAUUUUUUAUUUUCACCUUGGUCAUCAGUGCAUUUGCACAAAUGGUUUAAAUCGGCAGCAUUUUUUCGUUUACGUUUAUCUUAACCAAUGCAAUUUGUUCAAGACCUAUGGGUUUUAUUUGUGUGUGUCCAAGUCACUAUCUAAAUUUUCAUUGUGAAAUUAGCAUCCCCCAAAACACUACAUUAGUACAUGGUUCUAUGUGAGAUGCAUGGAGAACAUCUAUUUAGUAAAUAAUAUGUAUAAUUAUGUACUCCGAUUUCUGUCUUGCAAUUUUUAUGCAUGUGAAUCCGAACUUGACUCCUGUCCCUUCAUCUGUAGCGAAGCAGUAUACUUUGUGUUAGAAGCAAGCGUGUCAGUGGCAUCAAUUUGUGAAGUCGCUAAAGAUAUUCUGCUUUUUGGGAUUAUUUUCCAAGCCUCCCUAUAAAUUUUUGUAUAGUGCAAACGUAGUAACUUGGUUCAAAAGCAUCCUGUAUGAAUGUUAAAAAUAGCAUAGUUACACGGUGAUAGAACAUUAUUGCAUGUUUCAAGGCUGAGAGAUGGCUGAGAAAUAGAUACCUGUCUAGAGCAACAUAAGGUAAACAUGCACUCUUUAAUUGGCACCUCAAGGUAUCACUCACUGGCCAAGUUGUGGCUUUAGCUCUGUUUGGCUAGUUGAUUGAUCUUCAUGAAAGUUUGUGAAAGUUGAGAUGCAGAAAGGUGACUGGAAGAAGUGCAACGUAGCGCUGCACUGACUGCAUUUUGACUGUGUCCUCUGUCGCACUGUGAAAAUUGGUUUUUCAAUAACUGCAGCAUGGUUCAUCUCCACGGAAAAGUAAGCAUGACUUAGCAUUGUUGUAACAGGAUAAAAAGAUGAUUGCAGGACUCACGACACGCUUUCAAUCGGUCGUUUACUUUUUUUUUAGUCAAUGGCCUCAGCCAGAAAUAACUUACCCAGCUGUUACUACUGUCACUCGCAUCAUUUGACUCACAGAGCUGUCUUGAUUACUAUGCAGUCUGAAUUUGUUUAUACCUCGACUUGGGCUUGUGUGCUGCAGACGAGUGUCAUACAAGCCUUUGUCAUCUGAGUCCUGUAAGUAUGGAAAUUUAUUCUCUGAAGAUUAAAUUAGUGCACUUGUGAAUUCAAAAUGAACACUUGCAUAGCAAGUGCUCUUCAUGCAGAUGAUAUGCAGCAACCCAUUGUAAAAAAAAUAAUAAUUGAAAAGGAUGCAGAAAAAAUGUAGUAUAUACCAUGCUCCACAUCUUUGUGUAUUGCCUGCUCCUUUAUCCGUUCAUAGUGGGUUUCAAAUUUUCACCAACAAAUGCAAUGUGUACUCAUAUAGUGUUGAUCUCUAAUUCACACUUCAUAAUGUGCUAGCCUUGUGCCAUUCUGCGACAUGAUUCUGAGCACACGAUGCGUUAAGGACAAUCAUGUGGCACGUUAUUAUAAAGCUCAUGUCAUUCACUAUUUCUUAUCCAUGUGCAUUUAGUGAUAGCUGUUUUUUUGCAUUGUUAGCAAAGUAAGCUGGAAAACAGUGAAGCAAUUGAUUAUGCCGAAUGCGUCUUUCAGUUAUCACCUAGUUUGAAGGGUCAGUUUCCAACGAAACCUCAGCUUUUCCCACGUUUAUGGUCUUUAUGAGGGGGAAGUGACGUUUCACGAAAUAGUAAACCACAAUUAAAGGCACCAAACGUACUUUCUCUCUGUCCAACAUGUAACAGGACGGCGCAAGAAACAAGAACAGAGAAUGAUGCGCAUGUAGGAUGGGCACAAACUUCCAACCAUAAUUCAUAAUGCAGUGGCUCUUGUGAAUAGACAUCAGUUCAACUUGUGAAGUUCAUCAGUUCAGCAAGAAAACAUACAAAAAUAAAAUGCAGUUAACUAUGCCCCUUCCACACCAAACACCAUGGCAUCUCUUAAGUCCUACAUAGAGCCAAUGUAACUAAAAUAGAACUGCACUUUGAAAUCCGUAAUGCCAUGCUCAUAGACUUUUGGCACGAAUUUAAAAAUGAGACUGUGACCGUGAUUUUCUCCUCUGGUAAUAAACCCAUGAUGGUGAAAUAAUGUCAUUAGCACAUUUUGAAUACAAUCUAUCAAUCUAAGCCAAUUCAGUGUUACUGCACACGGGAAUUUCGACUGGAGAAUGGUCCUGGUGUAUCACAACCUCAUACUACAGCACCCCAGUUGUUUCAUUAUUAGAUGUGAAGCAGCUCUUUGACUAGCCUGUGUAACGCUGUCCCUUCGUCCUCACCGUUCCUAUUCCCGUAGGUGUUGGAGCGGUGCCAAGUAGCUCACGCCCUCCUAGCUGUGCGCCGUGACGUCUCUGUCUCGCCUGCCACGUGUCAGCUCUCUCUCGCUUCACCCUCUCCACCACUUGCAACGCUCGAGUUCACUUUUCACGUAAGCAUCAUCUCACCCGAGCCACCUUUCUCCAUCUGUUGGCGAGAGGAAGCCACGAGCUAGCGGGUGCGCGUCGAGAAUCUCGCAGCGCCGACAAUGUGGACAGUGCAUUGCUGCUUGCCACGGGAUGUGGCAGUAUACUUUCCGCUAGUGUGCGUGUACCUUUCCCGGCUAAAAAUACACUAAAAAAACUCCCCACAGAAACAAGAAAUGUAGAAUGUCACACGUGAUUCAAAAGUUUAAUACACUCAAGCCAAGAAAUAUAAAUGUUUCAAAAGACUCUCUUAAAUCUGUUCAAUAUAGUAGGCACACAAAAACAACCAGCCAAACUUAGAAUGUGAGAAUUUUAGCCAUUCUGACCGUGUAAUCCUCAUGUUGAUUUGCUGCUCCCAUGUAGGUUUUGGUGAAAUACAAAGGCACGAUUUUUCCCAACCUCGUCAGAAUCGGCUCAGAGCCUGACCCCCCGCCUACCUCCUCAACGGCCAGGUCCUGCAUGAUUUUUUCUUUCUCGCUUUUAGGCUUUCUCUCCUCUACUUUUGAGGGCAAGAAAGGAUGACACGCUCCUAAGGAAGCCAGCUCCUGCACUUCACAGUGGAGCAAAAGCUGCAAAGGCACAACCGCAGUGGUAGAGGUGCUGCUGCAAAUUGUGGUUUUUGUUCGUUACUGCUCUGAACCUACUCCCGAAUGGCACUGAGAACAUGAUAAUGAGGGACUUUCAUUGUGUGACCAGCUUUCAAGCCAUAAAGAAACUGAAAAGAAUGCGUAUACUAUGAUGCUUGCAUGUUAAUAUGCUUUGUUGGCUCUUAUUUAUGCAACAAGAGCUGGCAUACCAAGAACAUUUAAAUUUAGAGCUUUUUAAAUUUACAUGCAGGCUGUUUAAGCAACAUAUAAAAAUGACCGAGAGUGUAUUUUAAAUAUAUAGCUCCAUACCACAGGCAUUCAAUAAGCAAUCUAAUAAUAAUUUAAGUUGUUUGUGGGCUGUGAAACAUCUUUCAUAACAAAUAAUAAUAUUUAUGCAACACUUCAAUGACUCUGAAUCCCUGGAGUUAUGCAGCAUAUUUUUGCAAUCUGCUCCUAAAACACAAUAGCUGCUCCAGACUGGCAUUUUUCCUGCUACGAAAACACUCAUGGCCGCUCUCAACCUUUUCUGUUCCCAAAAGUAAAAAGUCACUUCCAUCACUGCAUCCGUGUGGCUCUGCAAGUAGUACGGCAGCUUGCGGCUGAUUUCAGUUUUUAUCGCUCGCAUCUUUAAUGCGCUUGCAAAUUUAUUUUCGUAGAUGUGAAUGGGAGAAACAUGCUGAUGGUUUGGUGUACAUUUUAGUAUAUUAUGCAUAUAUUUUUCUGGCGGAACUAAACAGCACGUUUGCGAUCUCAUACUGACCAACUACAUCAUAGAUGCCAUGUGUACUUUAGAAAACAGAUACGCUGAAAAGGUGGUAAAAAAUGUGCUGAAAGGGAAGGCAUUCUGGCAAUGUGAACUAUAUUUUACAAACAACUUCCCGCAGCUGUUUGAGCCUUAUAAUAAAUAAAGAAGCAUUUGCUUCAGCAAGGCAAAUUUAUCUGCAAAUUUAAUUACUUUUUUUUUGUGUGGUAGCAGACAUGCACUUUUAUUCUUGUUGCUUCCACUCUGCUUUCAAGAAAAGUUAUCGCAGAAUACGCAAGUUUUCAACGAAGAUUCUCUGUGUGCCGCCAUAAUCCUCUAUGGGCUUAGCAUGCACGAACCCUAAAAAUGCACCGCAGAGGCUGUGAUGUUAGCUGCUGGCACGCAACAGCCCUCCCUUGGUGAGGUUUUCUAAAGUGUGCCGCCCAGUGAUAUUCCUUGUUUGAGUAUUUUUCAUCGCUUCAAGCCUCCCGUGAACCUUUUAAUGAGAGGAUUGAUUAUAGAGCAAGUAGGGCAUAGUUUUACGUUUGGUGUUGAGAGUUUACGGGAGAAUAUGGAGCAGGCCAUGCCUCGCAGCACGCUUACGCGAGUUACAGAACAGUUGGCCAGACAAGGGAAGCACAACUUAAGAAUGGUACAAAAAUUGGGUCAUGAAGUUGCAUCUCUCUCAAGGUGUUCGCUGAAGAGGCAUUCUUGGGACAGCCGCUUCUAUGAAGACUAAUUGCCGCAGAAUGUUCAUGGGGGCUUAACCUUGAAUGACUAGAAUAGUUGCUGUGGUAUGGCAGUUUCACUCUUUAGUGCAUCGGUUUCACCGAUCAUUUCUAAUCACUCUGAACUAAUUAUAAGUGGCCAUGCCUUGCAAAUCUCAAUGUGCAAUGGUCUCUUUGCCCACUGCGCCAACUAUUUCAGUCUUGAAAUUCAAGUGAACAAUGUGCACAUGCAUUAUAUUUUGCUUGUAUUAAAGCAAAAAAUUAAACGAAAUGUGGAAAAAUAUUUUUGGGGUAUUGCAUGUCAAAAACCAAUCAUGUUAUAGAACUGUGAUGGGGAAUGCUGGAUUAUGGUCGACCAUUGAAGACCCUGCACCACAAUGAUAGGUACAUUUGCACUUAUCGAAGUGUUGCUGCCCCUGCCCACUAAAUUGUGCUCCAAGCAUGUGUAUAGAACUCGGGCACACUACACCGUUCAUUCAAGCAUAGACUACCUUGUGGCUCUAUAUUUCACGUUACAGAGCCUGUAUUUCAGUAGUUGUGCCAUUUUGAAACCCCAUGUCGCUGUUUCUUCUUGAAUAAUUGGGUACUCAGAUUACAUUUGUGAUGCUCGGACUAGUUUAGCUUGUUCAUGGAUUAAAGAGAGCGGGAAAACCUGUGCACGCAAAAACAUUGUUGUCCUUCCUUUCAAAGAAUUGACUUUUGUUGAUGUGCAUGAAUGUGAGGUGAAGCACCUUUAGUGCAAACAUAUGUGAGCCACUGCUUAACUCGUAUCUAGAGAAGGUAGGUAGUGUUUUAUAAAAGUGCAAAUUGUGUCUAAAUCACCCUUCUGGAUGAAGCCGAGGGGUGGUUCUUGUCUCUGCAGCAUACAUUUGGGCUCAAUUCAAAUAGCUGAACAACAUAUAUUUCUGACCCAUAUGAGAGAAUGUGACAGUGAUUUUCGAAGCCAAGUAUGAAAUUAUGUGCUUGACAAUUGAAAAUAAAAGUAAUAAUAAAGCUGGAAAUACACUAUGC